CAUGCAAUACCCGGGGCAAAGCGCCGUUACCUGUGCACGGAAGCGUGACACAGUCUCUGGAUAUUCGUCUAAAUUUGGAAGGAAUGUAAACUCUUGUCAGAACAAGCUAGGCAUUGGAACUGUGCAAGUCAAAAUUGAUUUUUAUGAAAUGCAAAUAAUAUGAGAAAAGUUUUUGGACUUAAUCAUAAUUUUAGAAUAAGCGGUGAAUCUUGAAAUAUAUUUAAAAAAAAACACUAUUUUAAACCAUUGGAUUAUGCAUACAAAAAUAAUAAUGGACUUAUGCAGUUGACGAAACGUGACCAAAAUAACACUAUUAGAAAAUGGCGACAACCCAGUAUACAAGAAUCCCCGUGGAAGAAGCAUUCUCUAAAACAUGGAAACCCGCCACUACCAUCAUUUCAAAAGAAGAACUUAAAGAGGCGGAAAGUAACGAAUACUACCGAGAGACUUCGGACGAUUCCGUGGAUGGUUCCGAAAAUAUAAGAAACGACUUAAAUGGAAACAUAGAAAUUGUGAAAAGACUGCACCCUAGUAUGCCUGAUAUUCGGAUUCAUUCGGAGACAGUGGAAACACAGACUAAUGACAAAGUUACGGCCAAACAACAAAGUGUUGGUUUCAGAACACCUCAAAAACUUCACAGUGAAUACUCACAACGCCUACAAGCACUCAGUGCGGACUUGCACAAAAGUAGUUCUGACACUUUCCUUAGUGAGAAAUCUGAUUGGAUGUUAGCGGAGCGGUCUAACUCCCGGUCACCUCCCUCCCCAGCUUUGGGGUCCCGGUCGCCGAGAGUUACCGCCUCACCUUCCAUUUAUGCAUCAACAAAUGUGUUCAACUUUUCUCCGGAAAGAACCGAAAUGUACCAAGCCGAGCUCGAGUCGGAAACACGCCGCGUGAAGAAACGACUCUUCGAAGAAAUAUCACACGGGUCCUCAGACCUACCUCAAAGCUACCUCAGUGAGAUCUCCUCGCCCUCAUAUCACCAUAGAGACACUUUAUUGUCGCUACGGCAACGGUCUUCGCGAGAUCUCGCCGCACUCGAGAGUUUGGCACGUGAUGCACGGGAUGCACGUGAACCGGAAACACACCACUACCUCGGCAGUCCUUCGUUCAGGAAUAAGCUGUCAAGCUUCUUGAAUGACUCUGAAUCCUUCAGGGCGAAACGCCGCAUUGAUCUUGAUGACGAAUAUGUCUCGACACCUAAGCGGCUAAAAACUGAUCUUGAGCGUGAAAUGGGAUACCGGUAUUUACAUCAGCUGGAGUCCGACAUGUGUGGUGUGAGACAUAAACUCGUAAAACAGGAACAGGAAGUGUUCAAACAGGUCCACUGCACAUGCGCAAUCAUGGAAAAACAGUUUCUGGAAAUGGCGGAAAGUGCGUACCGGUCUGUGCGGCGAAUCGACGCCUCACCCCGGGGAUUUGAACAGUUCAGAAAAGAACUGAUACAAACCAAUGAAGUAAUGAAGGACUCGCUCGAUGUCUUAAAAAAUAUUAAAAGUUUUUGUGAACAUAAGCGAUGAAACAUGAGUGUGAAUGGCUCCGAUUUUCUAUGACUUACAAGGAUUUGAAUUUAUUUAUUUAUAAUAUUUAUUUGCAAAUCGUAAUUUAUAAGUGUUUAAUAAUACUUCAACAAAGCAUCCCAACAUUCCGCUACAACAGUCAUCUCAUUAUUCCAAGUAUUAUAUAUACAUAUGUAUAACAUUCACUAUUUGCUCAGCACUUCAUGUAUUUUACAUGUGUAUACAGAAGAAGUUGUAUUAAAUGGAUGUGUUCUGAUCUCACAUUCUAAACUGUAACUCAAGCAACGGCCCGUCCAAAGUGUACCUGUUUGUUUGUAAACUGUCCGUGAACACCUUUUACCACUUCACAAGGAUUGUAAUAAUGUUAAAGCAGGAAUAUCCACCUGGAAAAUUUAAUCUAUUUUUAUUAAAGCGUUUUUCUUUAAAAGAUUUUUUAAAUGUCUUAAUGGAAUAAAAAUUCAAUGAAAAGCUUAAGUAGUAAAGCUAAUUAACAAACAACAGAUUUGCAUUCAUGCAUGCAUGUAUAUACUGUGAUUUAGUCUGUGAUCAUAUAUGUUAAAUGUUACGUUACUUACGAAUAUUCACGAAAAUUACCGAAGGUUUUCCGUGACUUUACGGAAACACACGAAUCAUUACAACGAAGUGUUCCCUUUGAAAACUAAUGUGUUCAAUUAAUGUGUUCGAAUGUUAAAUAUUUUUGUUUUACAUAUUAUGGUUGUGAUUUAAAUUUGUAUAUUUUAAUACUUUGUUGAUAGACGGAAAUAUUUUAAUAUUAAGUAGAGGUAUUUGUCAUAAAGAGACAUUUAGUGUUCUUCUUUAUUCCUUUCAUCUUGUUUGAUUUUAUCUUUUACACCACGUGUGUUUUUAAGUCGACGAUUGCUUGCAGGCUGUAUUCAAAUCUAGAUUUAUAAUUUAGUAUUUAAUGCAGUUGUGUAAUCAAUUAGACACGUUUUCCAUUUUUGCUGUGAUUUCCUCGUUUGUUGUAUUUUUUUCUUAUUUAUAAUCGUAGUUAGUUGGUAUUUAUUAAGUAGACAGAUAAUUUAUUCCUGUUAUUUUCCUUAAGUUGAAUUCGAUAAUAAUGUUGAUUAUAAAUAUGAUAUUUAUAUAAACGCUCAAAAGCUGGAGAAACUAUAUUUGUAUUUGACAAGGAAGACUCAUAUCUAUUUUAAAAAAGAAUACUGCUAUCAUAAUGGCCUAUUAUUUAACGCCAUUUAGUUAUACUUGCUAGACAUUUAGUUAGAUAAGAAGAUUUCAAAACAGAUUAACAUAGAAUUAGAAACUACCUUUUCUGGUAAUUUCCGGUCUUUUCCGUUCACAGAUAAGCGUUCGGUAUUGGUCGGGUGUUUCCGUAAAUAUACUGGCUGUUAUAUUAACCUCCCGUGUUUGUAAAACACGAAAAACCUUAUCCUUACCGUCCAAAGGAUUUUAUCCAAAAUUAUUUAGUGGUUAUUAAUUUUGUUUCUAUUUAUAGACUUAUUAGUUUCAUAUAGCGAUGAGUUGCUAUGUUUAGUAUUUAUGACUCUGUCUCUAUUUAUAUCAUAUUUGAUCACUGUAUUACUUGUCAUGUUUUAAGAUGACCCACAGAAUUUACUGAAAAUAAAAAAUAAA